ACGUCGCGUCUAUGUUCUCGCUCUUCCCUUCGCUCUUCAGCUUGAUGAACGAAACUUGGGCACGAGAAAGACCGGACGCUACUGGCCUCACUUCGAGUUGAAAGCUAGAUAAGAAGUACAACGUCCUAUGUGGGCUUCCAGUAUCCACCCAAUAUUCCGCUCUUUUCUUUUCGUUUCUGUGUUUUUUGUUAAUAGAGCGGCAAAAAAAGCCAAAAAAAACAGGGCACCACCGUAGGUCAACCCAAGUUUGAAAAAAUUUUCUUUUUUCGGAUUCAUUGAACUCCCUUAGCGAGUUCAAUCAUUCUUGCGAUGAUUGUCUGCUUCCGGACCCUCUCUUUCCCGAAAUUUUGAGAAUUUUUUUUUCUUUUUUUCCCCAUUCGUUCCUUGGGAGGAUAACCGUUGGUGAUAGAUUGCGGAGAUUUGAUUUAUCUCGGUUCGCCGAGGAUGAUGUCAAUGACAUGCCAUAACCUCUUGGACUUGGUGGCUUGUGGGUGUUCUUCCAAUGCUUCCUUCGAAAGGUCUUCAGUGAGAAAGUAUGGUAACGCCAAUACGAGGAGCAGGAAUUGCAGAGACUUCGCUGCUCGGAGGUUGUUUUGCUUCCGUCGAGAUAUUGCCUCGUGUCGGGUUUCUUCAACCAAGACCCCCAAUACCCUUCUUGACGAUUCAGGUAUUGGUCAAAGUCCUUCGCAAUUGUUGAAUUUGAAGGAAGAGCCAAGAGGCCCCAUAUCACUGGCAAAUUUGUUUGAAGUUGUUGCUGAUGACUUGCAGACACUGAAUCAAAAUCUUCGAACAAUCGUAGGUGCAGAUAAUCCAGUUUUGAUGUCUGCUGCUGAUCAAAUAUUUGGGGCUGGUGGGAAGAGGAUGAGACCUGCUUUAGUCUUCCUUGUCUCUAGAGCCACAGCAGAAAUAAUGAGCCUAAAAGAACUUACGAGAGAGCACAGGCGUCUAGCAGAGAUAAUAGAAAUGAUCCAUACUGCGAGCUUGAUACACGAUGAUGUGUUAGAUGACAGUGAUAUGCGAAGAGGAAAGGAAACAGUUCACCAGAUUUUCGGAACAAGGAUAGCGGUACUGGCUGGGGACUUCAUGUUUGCACAGUCAUCAUGGUAUCUUGCAAAUCUUGAAAAUCUCGAAGUCAUCAAACUCAUUAGCCAGGUUAUUAAGGAUUUUGCAAGUGGUGAAAUAAAGCAGGCAUCGAGCUUGUUCGACUGCGACACGGAACUUGAAGAGUAUCUUAUCAAAAGCUACUAUAAGACAGCUUCUUUAAUUGCCGCCAGUACCAAGGGAGCUGCCAUUUUCAGUGGGGUAGAUAGCAACAUCACAGGGCAAAUGUACGAGUACGGGAGGAACCUGGGCCUUUCGUUCCAAGUGGUCGAUGACAUAUUGGAUUUUACACAAUCAGCCGAGCAAUUGGGCAAACCGGCCGGAAGUGAUCUCGUGAAAGGAAACUUGACAGCGCCAGUUAUUUUUGCUCUAGAAAAGGAGCCAAAACUUAGAGAAAUCAUUGAAUCGGAGUUCUGCGAAACAGGUUCUCUUGAUGAAGCGAUUCGGUUGGUCAAGAGCUGUGGUGGCAUCGAAAGAGCUCAACAGCUAGCGAAAGAAAAGGCUGAUCUUGCAAUCCAGAAUCUAAGAUGCCUUCCUCAAAGCGCCUUCAGGUUAGCCCUUGAGGACAUGGUGAUGUAUAAUCUUGAAAGGAUAGAUUAGCUGCCUAUGCCAAUAGGACAAGAGCGAGCGAUUCUUUAGCUUAUAUGAAGUUUGAAAGAUCGAAGCCUGCCAGUGAAACCGGCAUUUCAGGUGGCAUCAACAAGUGGAACCAAAUAAGGGAAAGAUGCUGGUGGCUGUGUUGUAUUUGUACAUGUAUUAUAGGCAUUGAGCUAUGACUUUUAGCUCUUAAUAUCGUUCAUUCGAUUACAAUUUUCUCCUCGAAGGGAGGAUUAACAUUCGAAUACUGUUGUAUGGCAGAGUUUCCGACGGGAUCAAUAAUGUAAUGCUGCAUUAUUCUUUUCCAUGAA